AUGCAGGCCCUCACCAGCGACCCCAACUUCCUGCGCAUCUCCAAGGGUGCCUACUCCCUGCACUGCUUCCACCCUGAGAAGGAGCAGCUGGUAAAGGCGCCUCAGCCCAAGGAGCCCAAGAAGGUGGUUGCGGCCGACACGCCGGUGGCAGCUGGAGAGGGCGGGGAGCCCAAGGAGGAGAAGGAGGUUGUGCCCAUGGUGGCUGUGCAGGCCAAGACUCUGGAGGAAGUGGAGAAGCAGUACAAAGAGGGUACCGUCAAGCACGUGAUUGUUGAGGUCCUCAAGGCGGUGCAGCCCGAGGCGCUGACCGCUCAAGCCAUUGUGGACAAGGCCAAGGAGCUGGGGCUGCGGGAGUUUGAGGAGAAGCAGAAGGCGGCGGUGGGACAGGCCCUCACCAGCGACCCCAACUUCCUGCGCAUCUCAAAGGGCGCCUACUCCCUGCACUGCUUCCACCCCGACAAGGAGCAGCUGGUCAAGGCCAAGAAGCGCAAGAUGAGCGACCACUUUGCUGACGCCGAUGAGCCCGGUAGCAAGAGGCAGGAGGGCUCUGCCGCGCCGCAGGCUGGGGAGGAGGCUGAGCAGCACGUGAAGCAGACCAAGCGCUCGCUGGCGCUGCACCGGGCGGCGCUGGAGAAGGCGCAGGCGGAGUACGAUGCUGCCAAGGCGGCGUAUGAGCAGGACAAGAAGCGCGUCAAGACGCCUGCCAAGGAGCGCAUCUCCGAUGUCCACAUCCCCGCGGAGCAGCUGGCCCAGUUUGAAGUCACCGAGGAGGAGCGGCAGUACAAAGGCGAGUCAGAUGACCUCAAGGCGAAGCUGGAGCACAGGCACGUGGCGCCCUGCCCGCCCGCUGCUGCCGCCGGCGUUGCGACGGGUUUACGUCGGCAGAAGCUGCAGGCGCGGGCCAAGGAGCUGGAGAAGGCAAAGAAGGCGUUCCUGGAGGCGGAGCGCCACAAGCGGGACAAGGCGGCCAAGGAGAGCAACAAGGAGAUGCGGACGGUAGAGGGUGCCUUCCGCAAGGCGGAGCGUGUGCUGGAGCACGAGCGCCGCGCCGCGGAGAGUGCCGAGAAGGCGGCGGCAGCGGCGGAGAAGCGGCUGGAAAAGGAGAAGGAGAAGGCGGUGCGUGGCGAGGAGAAGGCCAAAGAGCGGGAGGAGCGGGAGAAGCAGAAGCUGGUUGAGCGCGAGGAGAGGGAGAAGCGCAAGGCGGAGGCUGCGCGGGCCAAGGAGGAGGCCAGGAAGUAUCCCAUGGAAGACCUGGAGCUGCUGGAGGAGCUGCGGCAGAAGGCUGCGGAGGCCGGUGAGGCGGCGCCGGACGAGGACGUGGCGCAGCCCAGCUGGAUGAGCGCAGAGGACUCGCAGCGCCUGAGCACCGCGCUGUACGUCGCCGACUUUGUCAGCCAGUUCAGCAAGCAGCUGGGAUGCCGCGGCCUCAACUACGAGCACUUGGAGCAGGUGCUGGCAGACGCCACCAGUGGCGGCGGCAGCGAGGACGACUGCAAUGCCUCGGUGCUGCACUCCGUGUACGAGAGCCUGAUCCGGGUGAUUCUGGACGAUUUGCGUGAGGAGGAUGUGGCCACGGCUCAGGAGAAGCGCUGGGACUCCCUGCUCAGGCAAGCAGAGCCGCGCGAGGGCACCUGGCCCGAGGUGCUACGCCGCUUUGUGCUGACACGCGUCGCGGACGAGGAGCAUCACAAGCGCCCCGACCGCCCCGCCAUCAUGUCUGCCUCCAUGCUGGCCUAUGAUGCGGUGGACCGGCUGACGCACGACCAGCACCUGGCCCUGCUGCGCUUCCUGUGUGACACGGUGCUAGACAGCGAGAAGAUGCGGAGGGUGCUGCAGCGGCGGGAGGACGAGGCUGUGGAUGCCAAGCGAGAUGUGCGGGGAGAGCUUGCGGAGCAGCGCAAGCAGCUGAAGGAGCUGCUUGAUGCAGAGAAGGAGGAGCGGAAGCGCAAGCGUGAGGAUGAGCGACGUGCAGCAGAGGAGGUGGCUGCUGCUGCUGCUGAGGCCAGUGCUGCAGCAGCAGAGGGCACCGAGUGCGGCGCGGCGGCUGUGCAGCAGGACGGCCAGAAGCCUGCCUCCAAGCAGGGCUCAGUGGCCCCUAUGGAUGUGGAUGGGCCCUCGUUUGAGCUGCCCGAGCGGUUGCGGGAGUUCACCGGCGCCGACAAUGACAAGAAGGCGCUGCUGCAGUGGCGCCAGGAGCAGCAGACCGAGAAGCGGCGCCUCGACAAGGAGCGCAACAAGUGGAUGGCUGAGCAGCUGCGGCGGCAGCGCGAGGUGGAGGCGGCAGAGAAGGCGGCGCGCGAGGCCGAGAAGGCCAAGCAGCGGGAGAAGGAGGAGAAGGAGGAGGCCAUCUUCCGGGCGCAGGAGGCCCUGGAAGAGAAGCUGGAGAAGUACAGCACGCGGCGCGCACCGCUGGGCGCCGACCGCCACCACCGACGCUACUGGUGGGGGCUGGCGGGGCACCGGCCUGCGGUGUAUGUGGAGGAUGGCGAGGGCCGCUGGGGCUCCGUCUCUUCUCUGGCCGAGCUGGAUGCUCUGGUGGGCUCUCUGGACCGCCGUGGCAUUCGCGAGAUGGCUCUGGCAGAGGCCAUCGAGAAGCGCUUCCAAACCAUCAGCGUUGCCAUGCUGCGCGCGGAACGCAUCGCCGCAGCCGCCGCCGGCAGCCGCGGCGGCAAGCAGGAGAAGGAGCGUGCGGAGCCGCCGCGGCGCAGCGGGCGCCAGACGCAGCAGGUCGAGUUUUUCGAUCCUGCCAAGGGAGGAUCCAAAGGGGGCGAGGCCCCCAGUGCCACAGGCCUGGCGGCCUUGUUUGGCCCCGCGGAGUGCGCUGCCGUGGAGGCGGCGGCCGGGGAGAUGGCGGAGGUCCAGAAGAGCGGCGCCUCGCUGCUGGCGGCGCCCGAAGGCUGCGGCAGCUGGAAGGAGUGGGCAGCCGGCGUGCAGGCAGCGGCCGCGGGCGAGCUGGAGCAGGGCGGGGAGGCGACGGCGGCGGCUGUGCGCAGCCUGCUGCAGGCCAGGCUGGUGCAGCUGGAGGCGGCGCUGCUGGCAGAGUCGGUGGGCGGGCUGGCAGCUGAUGGCGACUCUUCCGACGAGGAGGCCAGCGAGGGCGCGGGGGAGCGCCAGGCCAGCGGCGAGUGGUCGCCCGAGGGCUCCUCACCCACCCAGCCGGCUGGCGGGGUGCUGGAUGUUGUGGACGACCUGUUCAGCCCCUCCAAGCGCCCCGAGGUGUCUUACCUCUGGAAGACCCAGCGAGAGCGCAGCACCUGGCAGGCGGACGUGCGCCAGGCCUCCACCGCCGCGCGGCUGGCCUACUGCGCCGCUGUGCUGGCGCAGCAGGCGGCGCCCAUGCUGGCCACGCUGCGCAAGGCCAGGGCCAGCGGGGCCAAGAAGGGCGGCAAGGGCUCGGGCAAGGCGUCUGGCGGCGCCAAGGCGGCUGCGGCAGAGUCCCGCGCCGCCAGCAAGGCGGCUGCCGCUGCUAGCUCCCGCCCCGUAUCUCGCACCAGCUCCAUGGCGGCGCUGGAGGCGGCGCCCGGCAAAAAGGAGAAGGGAAAGCGCAAGGCUGCCGCGCCGCCACCCGAAAACAUGCGCCUCACCCGCAGCCGCCACUGA